AAGCUCUUCUUCUCAUUCCCUGGUCCUUUCUUUAUAUCUGUUUGUUCUCCAGGCAGUCAACUCUCCUCCCAAUGCACCGUCUUCCCAAGGCUGCUGCUGUGUUGCUUGCGUCUACGCUUGCAUCAGCAGCAGCGUUUACCAUACCUGAUGGGGCCGCUUUCAUUAGAGAUGGCGAGGCUCUUGAACCUGCCACUGAUCGCUCCAUCGCUCUCAUUACUGUCGAGGUUCCAAGGUCACCUGACGGCCGCCCGAGCCAGUCUUUGCCCUUCCGUCUAGAUAUCUUUCAAUCCGAGGAGGCAUGCGGUUACGCAAACGUCACCCUUGAUGGCCAGGCACUACCCGGAGACUUCACGGCCGAUCAGGACCAUGUAGCGACCGGAAGUGGUUCUAUCACGACCAAUGAGCAGGCGGUCAUUGAUGCAACAUGGUCUUUCCACUGUGUCAAGGUCAAUGGCCAGCCACAGAUGCAGUUCCUGAAGUUUGACAUUGGUUCCUUGAAUGGGACGCCAGUAGAGGAUAUCGCCUUCUCGGUUUUGUUCCGACAGACGGGCUCCCCCGAAGUUGUCAAUGUCAAUACCGACCCGUCCGUUCCGGAUGAGCUCGCCGCCAACCCCAACCCCUGGGUGCUCGUCGCAGACGAUGACGAUGUUCAUGUCCCUCAGUACAGCAUCGACGACUUGGAUGAGCUGCGACAGCAGCUCAGGGAGCUCGAGUAUCUCAUCGCUCAGAAGGAGCAAGCGAUCGCUAAUCAUGCUCACGAGCGCUUCGAAGAGGAUAUAAAGAAGUGCCACGGUUUGAAGUGCAUUGCAAUAGCCGCGGGUCAAACGGUUCACCAUGCAGCUCACAAGACCUAUGAGAAGAUCCGUGGCCAUGAUGAGAAGGCGUGGGAUCCGUUCCACAAGCAUGAUAACCACGGAAAGAAUGAAGCGUGGGAUCCGCUUCAUUGGAAAAAGCCCCAUCACCCCCUCCCAAUCUGCCGAUUCCCACACCACGAGCCAUCCCAUCCCUCGAAACAUAGACCUCCCCAUCCACCACAUGGAGAAAUCCUAUCAUCACCUCCCCCUCCCAGUUCCAACGUCAACGACACCCGCCGACGCACCCUCCUCCUCCACCUCGCCCCCCUCCUCAUCCUCCUCUUCGUCUUCCUCCUCACCAUCCACCUCCGCGCUCACCGCCGUACCAAAUCCCCAUCCUCCCGUCAUCAAGAGCGCCGUCUUCGCCGCACCCUAAGGCGUCUACCCGCCCUCCUCUCCCGCUUCUUCCCCUCAUCUCCGAACGACGAGAAACAACAACAACAACAACAACAACAACAACUCGCCACAGCUGAAGAAGGCCAUCAUCUGCACAACGAGAUCACAGAGCUCCGCAACGCUGCCAACCUCGUUGGAUCCCUGGUCAGCGCCCCCGUGCAGUUACCCGCGUAUGAGGAUAAGGAUGGGUUUUAGUCGGAGUUGGAGCUGGGUGGGAGGGGAGGUGAGUGAGGAGGGGAAGAAGAUAGGUAGUCCAUACAUAGAUAGAUAGAUAUGUCUUUUUUCUUCCUUCCUCUCUCUUUCUUUCCAUAGUUCUAUCAACAAAUCGCGAAUAUGCCCUAAGGACGGAGUAAUAACAUACCAUAACAUAAUGUUAAUCACCAUACCAUACC